GCAGAAGCAGCAAAAUACCCGAGGCCGGUGCCGGGAGUUUGACGUGGCACUCUCGUUAGGCUCGUCUGCGUUCUCAGUAGGCAGCACGCUCGGCGUCAUCUCUACCUUACAGAUUGCUGUUCUUCUUUAUUUGUGGAAUGAAAUACGUGUAACAGGAUGAGCCAGCAGGGUUAUGUUGCUACGCCUCCGUACUCGCAGGCCCAGGCGGGAAUGGGGGGAUACCCCACUGCAUUCGGGGCUCCCCCUCCACAAUCCCAUUAUGGGCACUAUGGAGCUCCACCACAGUCCUUUCCUCCACAACCAACAGGUAUGCUCAAACCAGCUGCCUCCUCUCCUUCUGGGAUGCCUCCACCACCUGUGUCUAGCCAAUAUGGAUCUCCUAUUCAACAAAAUGGCGCACACCCACAGAAGUUCCCUCCCACUCCAGCAGUCUCUGCACCUGCCAUGUCUCCCUAUGGACAACCCCCUCAAAGACCAUACCACAGCAUGGCUCCGGCCAUGCCUCCAACCCAACAAAUAGCCAAUCAGAUGAGUGCUAUGAACAUUGAUGGAUAUGCCCAAAGCCCUGUGCAAUCUCCUCAGUCUUUAGCAGCACCACAGCCGUUCCAAAUGUCUCCACCACCAACAAUGGGACAUCCACCCAUGUCUCCUCCAGGCACUCAGCCUCUCUCGAUGGGUACAUGUCCACCAAUGGCAGCUAGUCCACCCAUGAGUGCAGCAGGGCCUCCGCCAAUGGGAUUGUCUAAUUCACGGCCUCACCCUCCUCCACUGAGUGGAGCUGGAUUCCAACAGCCACCAGCACCUCAGGGAUUUCCUCCUCAGCAGCCAGGAUUAUAUGGAGGACAGAUGCCCGGGUCACCGAUGACAGGGCCUCAGCCAGGCGCUUUUCCAGGAGGUUUCCCUGGAGGAGCUGCCAACAUGGCUGGACCCCCUCAGAAGAAACUCGAUCCAGACUCCAUACCUAGCACAAUACAAGUGAUUGAAAGUGACCAGGCUAAGAGAGGUGGUCAGGUCUACACCACGAAUAUGAGGGGUCAAGUGCCGCCCCUAGUCACGACCAACUUCACUGUUCAGGAUCAAGGAAAUGCUAGCCCAAGGUUCAUUCGUUGCACUACCUACUCAUUUCCCUGUACCUCUGACCUUGCCAAGCAGUGGCAAGUGCCUCUGGCGGCCGUCAUCAAACCUUUUGCCACAGUGCCCAAAAAUGAGACUCCUCUAUACAUAGUAAAUCAUGGUGAGACAGGACCCAUACGCUGUAACCGCUGUAAGGCCUACAUGUGCCCCUUUAUGCUCUUCAUUGACGGUGGAAGGCGCUUCCAGUGUGGCUUCUGCAAUUGUGUUAACGAGGUUCCUGUCCAGUAUUUCCAGCACCUGGACCAUAUGGGCCGAAGAGUGGAUGUAUAUGAAAGACCAGAGCUGUCCCUGGGUUCUUAUGAGUUUGCUGCUACGCUGGAUUACUGCAGAAACAAUAAGCCUCCCAAUCCUCCUGCUUAUAUCUUCAUGAUCGAUGUCUCCUACAACAACAUAAAGAGUGGACUUGUCAAACUUAUAUGUGAGGAACUGAAGUCACUGCUGGAACGACUUCCAAAAGAGGAGGGAGCUGAGAGCUCAGCCAUCAGAGUGGGCUUUGUCACCUACAACAAGAUCCUGCACUUCUACAAUGUGAAGAGUGCACUAGCUCAGCCCCAGAUGAUGGUGGUCUCUGAUGUGGCAGAUAUGUUUGUGCCCCUUCUGGAUGGAUUCCUGGUCAGCUUUCAGGAAUCACGAGCUGUCAUCAACAAUCUGUUGAGCCAGAUCCCUGACAUGUAUGCUGACACAAACGAGAGUGAAACUGUUUUUGCUCCAGUUAUUCAAGCUGGAGUGGAAGCACUGAAGGCUGCUGAAUGCAGUGGAAAGCUCUUCGUCUUCCACUCCUCCCUCCCAACUGCAGAGGCACCUGGGAAGCUGAAGAACAGAGAUGACAGGAAGCUGGUGAACACAGAGAAAGAAAAGACUCUGUUUCAGUCACAGCGCGGUGUGUAUGAGCAGCUGACUAAAGAGUGUGUGAGCCAGGGAUGCUGCGUGGACCUCUUCUUGUUCCCUAACCAGUAUGUGGACUUGGCCACUAUGGGUGACAUUCCCACACACACUGGCGGCUCAGUUUACAAAUAUAGCAACUUCCAGGUUCAGACAGAUGGUCAGCAUUUCCUCAGUGAUCUGAGACGAGACGUGGAGAAGUCCAUUGGAUUUGAUGCCAUAAUGCGUGUUCGAACCAACACAGGUUUCAGGGCCACAGACUUCUUUGGUGCCAUCUAUAUGAACACAACUACAGAUGUGGAGAUGGCUGCAGUGGACUGUGACAAAGCAGUUACAGUGGAGUUUAAGCAUGAUGACACACUCAGUGAGGAGGCUGGGGCACUUAUACAGUGUGCUGUGCUGUACACCUCCGUCAGUGGACAGAGGCGACUGCGCGUUCACAACCUCAGUCUGAACUGCAGCUCUCAGCUAUCUGAGCUCUACAAGAGCUGUGAGACUGAUGCACUCAUCAACUUCUUUGCCAAGUCAGCAUACCAUGCUAUACUAAGCCAGCCGGUGCGGACGGUGAGGGAGAUCUUGGUGAGGCAGACAGCUCAUAUGCUGGCGUGCUAUAGGAAGAACUGUGCUACACCUUCUGCUGCAAGUCAGCUGAUCCUGCCGGAUGCUAUGAAAGUGUUCCCGGUGUACAUGAACAGCCUGAUGAAGACUCCAGUUCUGGUGGGCAGCACUGAACUCUCUACAGAUGACAGGGCUUUCCAUAGACUCAGCAUCAUGUCCAUGGGAGUGGAGGAGAGCCAGGUCUUGCUAUACCCACAGCUCAUUCCAGUGCACUCCAUGGACGUGGCGUGUGAUUCGAUUCCGGCAGCAGUGCGCUGCUCUGAGGAGCGUUUGAGUGAUACAGGUGUGUUUUUGCUGGAGAAUGGCCAGUCUAUGUUCCUGUGGCUGGGCCAGGCCUGCCCUCCUGACCUCAUCCAGAGCCUCUUCAAUGUGCCCUCCAUGGCCCAUCUCAGUUCAGACACGACUACAUUGCCUGAACUAGAUAACGCUCACUCUGGGAAGCUUCAGUCCAUCAUUUGUGCCAUCUCCCAGCAGCGGUGCAAGUCCAUGAAGAUGGUGAUUGUGAAGCAGAAAGACAGAUCAGAGAUGCUGUUCCGCCAGCUCCUAGUGGAGGAUAAAGGCCUGUAUGGAGGAACUUCGUACUUGGAAUUCUUGUGCUCGGUUCACCGUGAGAUUAGGCAGCUUCUGUCCUAACAUACACACAGACUCAUAUACAGUCACCAGCCCCUUUAUUAGAAUUUGUACACCUGCUCAAUCAUGGAAUUAUCCAGUCAGCCAAUCAUGUGUCAGCAGCGCAAUGCAGAAAAUCAUAAAAUAAUAUCAAGACUGGUUUGAGCUGACAGGAAGGCUACAGUAAUUCAGGUAACUACUUUUAAAACCGUAGUGAGCAGUAAAGUAUCUCAGAACACACAACACAGCGAACCAUGAGGAGGAUGGGCUACAACUGCAGAAGUGCAGAACUGCAGAACAUCGGGUUCCAUGCCUGUCAACCAAGAACAGGAAUCUGAGGCUACAGUGAGCACAGUUUCAAUGAGACUGGACAAUUGAAGACUGGAAAAACUUUGCCUAGACUGAUUAAUGUCAAUUUCUGCUGAGAUAUGCAGACGGUACGGUCAGAAUUGGGCAUCAAGAGCAUGAAUCCAUAGACCUAGCUUGCGUUGUGUCAACAGUUCGGGCGGGUGGUGGUGGUGGUGUAAUAGUGUGGGGAAUAUUUUAUUGGCACAUAUUGGGCCCCUUUAAUACCAAUCAAACAUCAGUUGAAUGCCACAGCCUAUCUGCUAUUGUUGCUCACCAUGUGCAUCCCUUUAUAGCCAGAAUUUACCUAUCUUAUAAUGGCUAAUUCCAGCAUGAUAAUGGGCCAUGUCACAAAGCACAAGUCAUCUCAAACUGGUGACAUGAACAUGAACAUGAGUUCAGUGUACUUCAAUGGCUUCCCUAGUCACUGGACCUGAAUCUGAUGGAGCAUCUUCAGGAUAUGGUGAAACAAGAGAUUCACAGCCUGAAUGUUCAGCAGAAAAUUGUUAUGCAAUCAUGUCGACAUGGACCAGAAUCUCAAAGGAAUGUUUCCAACAACUGGAAACCAUACUAAAAAGAAUACAUAAUGUUGAAAGAGCAGGGGGGGGGGGGAUUUAGUAAGGAUUAGUAUGGUGUUCCUAAUAAAGUGGUUGGUGAGUGUAUAGACAGAGUGUGUGCAAGGCAGCACACAUGAUGAACUUCUUACUAUUUCCAGAGCUGCCUUUGAAUGACUGUACAACUCCAUCAGGACUUCACAAGUGUUCUUAUUUUGUCAGUUUCACUCAAAAUUCUAGUUUGGGAUUAAGCUUGGCUUGCUUUUAUGUAAUGGUAUGUAUUAAUGUCUCCUAAUAUAUACAAUCUUUUUUUUUCUUUAGAUAACAUAAAAAAAGGAGAGGAUUCGCAAAUUCCCCAUUAUUUGCCAAAUUAAAAAUUACAAUAAAAAAAUUGUUUUAUUAAAAUGGUACCAAAGAAUGAGAAAAGUUUUAGUCUGUGUUAAAAAAACACCCUCAUUAAAUCAGGCCUUUUCUGCAUAUACAGGAAAUGCUGUCUAUUAAAUUCAUAGAUUAAAUCAUUGGAUACCAUUAGAAAUAUUAGAAGCAUUAGAAUGGACUAACUGAAAUUAAUUAAACUUCAAUUAUAUUAAAUGAUAUUUAUUCACAAAAACUAUGAGAAAUUGUUUCACGCAUAACCCUUUGUAUUCCUGAUUCUGUGGCAUUUUUUGUCUUGGUCAUACAUGCUGUAAAUUUGUACACAGUGAAACAUUUAUUCUGAGUGUUUAGCAGUUUACUGUAUAAUCCAAGAAACAAAUCAUAUACAGUAUAAGGCAUCUUUUGUACAUGAGCUGUUAUCUUUCCAUGCUCACAGAAAUUGCUUCAUGGGCAUCAAAGUAAAUUGAAAAAGUUUUUCAUAUUCAGUAUACCUUAAUAUUUUUUAUUGGUAUAUUACAUCAUAUAUUUUAUUACUUCUGUGAUGUAUUUGAAAAAUAAUAGCUUACAUGUAAACAUACCUCAGGUAACGCAUGUGGAGAGGUACAUGUUUACAACUGCUUACAGUAGCUUACAAUGUGGAAGUAGAUGAACUUUUUAAAUUUUUGAAUGUUGGGCCCAUUGGUUGAGAUAAGGAUGCUGUGCCAUAUACAUUCCAGUUUAUAAACAUCCAGUACAAAACUUUUUGAUUAAAAAUAGUCUUCAUUGAACUCAGGAAA